AUGCGAUCUCACGCCUUUCCCCUGCUCGCCCUCGUGGCCGUAGCCCUCGCCCUGCCCAACUACCAGCAGAAGCCUCCCGCUCCUUACCCAGAGACCCCAGAGAAGCAAUGCCCUCACAUCGUCUGCUUCGAUGGCAUUAGCAGCUGCGGUGAGAGAUACGGCUCAUGUUACGACGAGUGCAAACCCGAGCUGAAGCCGACUCCCAAGCCCUGCCCCCCGGCUGAGGCGCCGGAGCCCGGGCCAGGGCCUGCCGAGCCGGCUCCGAAGCCACCACCGCCCGCACCGGCACCAGGUCCCGGCCCCGCCGAUCCGGCUGAGAAGCCGCCGCCACCGCCCCCCGCGCCCGUGCCCGCGCCAGAACCUGCUCCUGCUGAUCCGGGUGCAAAGCCUCCUCCGCCAAGCCCUUAUGAAGCUUGCGUAUUGCCCCCGCCAGGACCUGAUGGUAAACCACCACCACCACCACCACCAGGUCCCGAUGGUAAACCACCGCCACCACCACCAGGCCCCGAUGGUAAACCACCACCACCACCACCAGGUCCUGAUGGAAAACCGCCACCACCAGGGCCCGAUGGUAAACCACCACCACCAGGCCCUCAUGACAAGCCGGCACCUCCACCAGGACCUGACGGUAAGCCAGGACCCGCGCCAGGACCAGAUGAGAAGCCCCCGCCGCCACCAGGUCCUCAUGACAAGCCUGAGCCUCCAUACAAGCAACCUCCGCCGCCACCAUAUGACGAGGACAGUUGCGAAGAGGACGAGUACGAGACUUAUUAA